UGAAACCGUGUAUUGUUGACUGAAGGAGGAAAGAAAAAGAUGAAGAACUCAUCGACGCCUCUAAUCACCCUCCGUCCCUUCCGAUUAACCGACGUCGACGAUUUCUACCUGUGGGCGAGCGACGAUCGAGUGAUUUCCCCCUUACGGUGGACCACCGUAACCAGCAAGGAUGAGGCGUUCAACUUCAUCAGAGACAAGUGCAUCCCCCACCGAUGGCGUCGUUCGAUCUGCCUUGACGAUCGUUCGAUCGGCUUCGUAUCGGUUUACCAGUGGUCGGGGGAUGAACGAUGUAAGGCGGACAUAGGGUACGCCGUGGCGACGGAGCAGUGGGGUAAGGGGAUUGCUUCGUCGGCGGUGAAGAUGGCGGUGAAUCAAGUGUUUGAUGAUAUGCCGGAGUUGUUGAGGGUGCAGGGUUAUGUUGAUGUACUCAAUACUGCCUCCCAGAGAGUGCUGGAGAAGGCUGGGUUUCAAAAAGAGGGUACGCUUAGGAAAUAUACUUAUCUCAAGGGGCAAAUCAAGGAUUUUCACCUCUAUAGCUUUCUCUCAACUGAUUGUUCCUCUUGAUUCUAGUUUGUUUGCUA